AUGGCAUCUUCUUCAUCUACCUCCUCUCUCAAGAUUGAGAGUCUUCUCGGCAUGCUUACCAUACGCUUGAGCGAUGACAACUAUCUGAAGUGGAGCUAUCAGCUUGAGUCGGUGUUACAAGGCUACGACCUCUUUGGAUAUCUUGAUGGAUCUGUGUUUGCUCCUCCGAAAUUUGCGAUUUUGGAUGUGGAAGGUGUUACCUCUGAAGUCACCGUUGCUUACAAAGACUGGCUACCUACUGAUAAAGCUCUCCUGAGUCUGCUGAUUGCUUCUCUCUUCGAUGAAGCUCUUGAGUAUGUCAUUGGGAGUCGCACUGCUCGUGAGGCCUGGCUUAAUCUUACGGAUCGCUAUGCUUCAGUUUCUCGAGCACGUAUCAACCACCUGAAGACUGAAAUGCAGACAGCGCAGAAGGGUGGUGACUCGAUUGAACGAUUCCUUCUUCGUUUGAAGCAUAUUCAUGAUCAAUUGCAUUCUGCUGGUGUGAAGAUUUCUGAUGACGAUUUUGUCAUCGCUGCUCUCAACGGUUUGCCGCAGGAACAUGAUAUCAUCAAAACGGUGUUAAUUGCUCGGGAUACUUCACUUUCUCUUAGAGACUUCCGCGCUCAACUUCUUGUUGCUGAGCAAACCGCUGAGGCCAGGGUUGUGACACAUUCUGCAAUGUUUACUUCUCAAUCUGCUCCGAAUUCACAAUCUGUUCCUAGGUCUGCAAGCUAUGGUCCUUCGUCUGGUCAAGGCUUGCUUCCUACACCGGUGCAGGGUUCAGUUGGCUAUGCUGGCUCUAACACACGAUUUUCUGGUCCUCGUCCUAAUUUCAACGGCAAUUCUGGUCGUGGUGGUUUUGGUUAUGGUAAAUUUGGUUCAUCUCAAUUCCGUCCUUCCUCUGCUGGAUUUCGCAAUGGUUUCUCUACCAAUAAAUUUGCAGUUCUAGAGUGUCAAAUUUGCAGUAAGCGUGGGCACAUUGCUGCUAAUUGUUACCAUCGUCAUUCUUCUCCUAAUCCUACUGCUUCUUCUGUGAUAAUUGAGUGUCAAAUUUGUGGUAAGAAAGGGCAUGGUGCUUUGGAUUGUUACCACUGCUCCAAUUAUGCAUUUCAAGGUCAAUCUCCUCCUUCAUCCUUGACUGCAAUGACUGCUCAGACUACCUACAAUCCUGAUCAAGUAUGGAUAGCUGAUAGUGGUGCUACACAUCACAUGGUCUCUACUCUCGAUCAUCUGAAUAAUGUGGUUGCUUGUGAUUCUGCUGAGAAUGUGACUGUUGGCAAUGGGGAAGGUUUGCAAAUCCGUCAUAUAGGAACUGCUAAGCUUUCUUCUUUAACUCUUCCAUCCGUGUUUUAUGUUCCACAUCUCACGGCUAAUCUCUUAUCUGUGCAUCAAUUGUGUAAAGAUAACAAUUGCAAUAUUAUCUUUGAUGUUUCUGGAUUUUAUAUACAGGACAAGCUCACCAAGAAAAUUAUGCUUCAAGGCAAGAGUAGCCAGGGGCUUUAUCCAAUACCAGUGUCUCUGCAAUCUUCAGUUUCUGUACCAUCUCCCAUACAACAUUCUCAGCGGUCUAUGUCUCCGUCAGUUGCGUUUCUUGGUCAGCAGGUUAAAUCCUCCUUGUGGCAUCGCAGGUUGGGUCAUCCAACUAAUGAAGUGGUGAAGUAUAUGCUCAAAGCUGCUCAACUUCCUUAUUGUGAUGAUUCUCAAUUUUUUGUGUGUUCUGAUUGUCUUCAUGGCAAAAUGCAUAAACUUCCUUUUCCUACAGAUCAUGUAAAAGUUACCAUUCCAUUUCAGAAAAUCCAUAGUGAUGUGUGGGGUCCCUCUAGGAUGAAAUCUGUUGAUGGCUUUCGGUUUUAUGUGAUCUUUGUUGAUGAGUGUACUGGCUAUAUGUGGUUGUAUCCACUUUAUAAUAAAUCAGAAGUUUAUGCUACUUUUCUCAGGUUUCAUGCCAUGCUUGUUACUCAGUUUGCUGCUUCUGUCAAGUGUUUUCAAAGUGAUGGGGGAAGGGAGUUUACUAGUAGUCAGUUUUGGUUUCAUGCCGUUGCUCAUGCUGCGUAUUUGAUUAAUAGGAUGCCUAGUAAAGGUUAUAAAGGUGUCAUUUGUUAUAAUCCUUUCAUAGGCAAAUUGGUGAUAUCUAGGCAUGUUAUCCAUGAUGAAACUUGUCAUCCUUUUAAGAGGCUUACAACAUCUAUUUCUUCGGUAUUAUCCAUGCCCUCACAGUCUACUUCUAUCCGGGUUCCACUUUUCGUUCCUGUGACAACUUCUGCUACUCCUAAUUCUGUAGAAGUCCUUGUGCCUGUCAUUUCUGCAUCUGAUGUUAAUUCAUCUUCUGUCUCUGAUAUAUCUGCUCUUUCUGUUCCAUUUGGUAAUACACAUCCUAUGCAAACUCGGGCUAAGAAUGGAAUUAGCAAACUGAAACCUUUUUCAGAUUAUCAAUGUUACCAUACUACCAUUCCUGUUAUUGCUGCAGAUGAUGAACCUUCUUCUUAUCGCAUAGCUGCUCAAUCUCCUGCUUGGGUUAAAGCAAUGCAUGAAGAACUUGAAGCAUUACAAAUGCAGGGAACUUGGUCUCUAGUGCCAUGUCCUUCUCGGAAAAAUAUAGUUGGAAGUAAAUGGAUCUACAAAAUCAAGCGCAAUGCCGAUGGUUCAAUUGCAAGGUAUAAAGCUCGUUUAGUGGCACAAGGAUUCAGCCAACAACAGGGUCUGGAUUUUAGUGAAACUUUCAGCCCAGUUGUCAGACAUACAACUGUGAGACUGAUACUUAGUUUGGCAGCCAUGAAUAAGUGGAGUUUGGGCCAGUUAGAUGUUAAGAACGCAUUUUUACAUGGUGAUCUAGAAGAGGAAGUUUACAUGCGGCAGCCUCCAGGUUUUGAAGAUUCCCAGCAUCCAGAGUUUGUGUGUAGGUUGGCCAAGUCCCUCUAUGGCCUUAAACAGGCACCAAGGGCUUUGAAUGCCAAGUUUACAGAUGAUAUUAUUUUGACUGGUUCAAGUCCUCAGUUGGUUCAAACAAUUAUUGAUGAUUUAGGAGUUGUAUUUGACAUGAAAGACAUGGGCAAACUUGCUUAUUUUUUAGGUCUUCAGGUGUCUUAUGAUUCCACAGGAGGUAUCUUUGUUCAUCAGACCAAGUAUGCUCAGGAGUUGUUAAAUAAAGCAGGGAUGACCAAUUGUAAAGCUUGUCCAACUCCUUGCAAGCCACAUAAUCAGGUAUUAAGAACAGAGGGGCAGCCAUUAACUGAUCCAACUUUGUAUCGGAGUCUUGUAGGUGCCUUACAGUAUUUGACAUUCACAAGGCCUGACUUGUCAUAUUCUAUCAAUACUGUUUGUCAAUAUAUGACUACACCUACAGAAGCACAUUUUGAUUUGGUCAAACGUAUAUUAAGGUAUAUUCAAGGUACCAUACAGUAUGGCAUUCACUUCACUACAGGCCCUUGGCAUCUGCAGGCCUACAGUGAUGCAGACUGGGCUGGAGACUUGAAUACACGCAGGUCUACCACAGGAUUUGUGAUAUUUCUUGGAAAUAAUCCUAUUUCUUGGCAGUCUAAAAAGCAGGGAUCUGUGUCUAGAAGUUCGACUGAAGCAGAGUAUAGGGCAUUGGCCAAUACAGCUGCAGAUUUAGCUUGGAUUCGACAGGUCUUGUUGGAUUUGAAAGUAUGCUUACCUGAGCCUCCUACAAUUUCAUGUGAUAAUUUGUCUGCUUUGGCUCUUAGUUCUAAUCCUAUAUAUCACUCACGCAUCAAGCACCUCGACAUUGAUUUCCAUUUCGUGCGCGAAAGGGAUCCUGUGGGUGAAGUAGAUAUUAAAGACCUCCCAGAGGAACCAGAUGGUAAUGUAGCACCAUCUAAGAUGAAUCUAAAGUUUGCUGACUUCUGGGUACAAAUACAUAAUAUUCCCCUUUUAAAAAUGACUGAGAAGCUUGCAAAAUCAAUUGGGGACAGAAUAGGCAAAUGUAUAGACAUUUCUCGUUGUGAGGGGGGUGAACUGGUGGGUGGUUUCAUGAGGAUCAGAGUUCGAGUAGAUAUUACAAAAGAGGCCUAA